UUGUGAUAAGAUAAGACCUUUGUAGACGUUUUACAUUUAAAAGUGUCAUCAGGAAGAUUAGUUUUUUUAACAAUAUCUUGAGAAAUUCAAUUCUGGAGAGGAGAAAUUUUAUGGACAUCGUUCUUGUUUAAAAUUGUGAAGGACAGGAAUAUCUCUUCCAAAGAUAAAUGUUUAAACGAAAAGAAGAAUAUGAUAUAUUAAACAUUACAGAAUGAACGCACAAGCUGCAGGAAGUCCAUUAACACGGAUAAUUACACCUGGUUUACAGGGACAAGACGAUCAGAAUAAAGUUCCAAGGAUUACAGGUCCACCUGGAUAUUUGAAUGACGAAAAGAAAAGAUGGCUGAUUGUAGGGAUCUGUCUUCACUCCGUUAUUUCUCCACUUCUAAGAAACUUUGUUAAUCCUAUAAUUAGUAAAUUGUAUGACUCACUGGUAUCAAGCGACUCUGUCGAUACACAGGGGUAUAAUGGAUAUAUGAAAAAAUACCCAGCAACAAACGAACAUUUUCUUAUUUACAAAUCAAUCAACAACAACAUGAAUGUAGCGAAAAAAAUGAUCAGACACAAAUGGGUUAAUGAUUACCAGAAAUAUGAUUAUAAAGUAACAAGCCAUGUGGAUCUGUCAAAGUUGUUCCUACAGCCUCAUAUGGUUCAUUACUCUGGAAUUGAUGAGUCAUGUGACACAUCUGCUCUGCUUGGAAUGGUCAUCAACAUCAGUACAUUUUCAACAACUGUACGGACUGAUGCUAAAAAGAUGCGAGUAGACAUACGUAAUCCCUGGGCACAUUGUGACUUUAGAGAAUGGACUAGAAGAAAAUAUACAGAUUCAUUCAAGUUAAUGAGCCAACUUGUUAAGGACCUUGAUUUGAGUAACGAAGAAGAAAAGAGAAUAUUGAGUCAACUCAACACAUGGGCAACAAAUGGUUUGAUAUUUCUGAGUGGAACACCGCUUGGCUUAGAGGAAGUGUGUGAAAUACGCCGACAGACACGUGUUCUCAGUGAAUAUGUACAGAGUUGUUCGACUGAAAAUUACAAUCAGAACAUCAAAGUGCAGACAGAAUUAAAAUAUUUAGAAAACGAUUUACAGGAAACAUGGGAAAGGAUACGAAAUUUAGAAAGUAAAACUGAGGAACAAGAUGAAAAAAUAUAAAAACUAACGGAAGAAGUAAUGAAAAAAAAUGUUGAAGAUCUAAAUCCAACACAUAUUCGAGGAAUGUACAAUUUAAGUUUACCUAGUCUCUAUUGAUCAUGAACACUUAAUAGUUGUCAUAUAUACACUAAAGAGUCAUCAGAUUUUGAUAGAAAAAAAAUGUCUUAAUAUUUUUGGCUUUUGACUUCACAUUAUAAAAGAUUAAAUUCCAACACAUGUUCUCAAUACUGAAAUAUGUGCAGAGAGCCAAAAAGAAGUUUAUUCAUCAUGAUAAUACUGAUUGUUUGUAAUUUCAUACUUCAUGUACGUUGUGAAAUGUAAAAAAAAAUGAUGGCUUUAGUAAUACGAAUAAACAAUUAUCAAAAUAAUAUAACUGUAGUUUCAUUUCUGCAAAAAUCAGUGUAAAUUAGCUAUGUAUACGGACUCUUUCGGACGGUAACACCUGGCUCAUAUUAGUUCAAGAUUUUCCAAAAGAAACAAAACCGAAGCCUUUCCUAAAAUAGGAUAUCUAACUUUUAAAGAUUAUAAGCGUGUAAUACAGUGUGAUAAAACAAAUCAUAACUUACGUUUCAUUCUUUUGUAGACUUACAAGCCAGUGCAGAAGAUAAAGAAAUUCGAAUAGUACUUCUUGGUCGAACAGGAGCUGGGAAAAGUGCAACAGGAAAUAGUCUUUUAGGUCGGAAUUAUUUUCUAUCCAAAAAUUCCGGUCCUUCAGUAACUGGAAAUUGUAAACGCGGAGAAUCUGAACGGAAAGGAAAAAACGUAGUUAUAGUUGAUACCCCGGGUUUAUUCGAUACGACAACGACGAAUGAAACUGUUAAUAAGGAGAUAGUCAAAUGUAUCGCUAUGACGUCACC